UUUUUGACGUACCUUUUCAACACCUCCAUCAGCAAUGCAUGAAAAUGGGUUUCGGACAUCCGCCACCAGGCCAAACGCAGCCAGCGCCAGGGUGCAUUUGGGUCAGGCGCCGGGUGAGACAGCUGCUCCGUUGCUUCACCAGAUGUUGCAGCUUAUGCCUCGAUUGCAUGGACAUUCUGUUGCGUGUAUUGGGACCCCUAAUGGUCUUGCUUGCCGUAUUCUUAAUCGGCUUUGUCGCGUACACCUUUUUUACGAUAAUUGUUCCGCAGCUGGCUGAUGAGGGGACGUCCUCCCCUAUGCUGCUUGGGCAGCUUGCCUUGGGAUGCUUCAUACUGGUGAACAUCAUGUACAACUAUGCGAUGGCUGUUUGUCUUCGUGCGGGUGAACCACCUCCUUUCCCAGGCGAAGGAGAUGCUGAAGCAGGGGAUGGCAGUCUGUCGCUGAGGCAAUGCCAGAAGUGCCUGCGGUCAAAGCCACCCCGGGCUCAUCAUUGCAGCGUCUGCAAGCAAUGCGUGAUGAAGAUGGACCACCAUUGUCCUUGGAUCAACAACUGUGUUGGUUUCAACAACUACAGAUACUUUUGCCUCUUCAUGCUCUAUCUGGCCUUGGGAUGCUUGUACGUGGUCAUUCUUGGCUAUCGGCUUUUCUUGCAGUCGGUGGCACCCAUCAGGAAGAGACCUCCCAACUUUCGCUUUGCGGAUGCGCAGUGUAUCUCGCUCUCCUGGCUGAUCUCCUUGUGCAUCUUCCUGGCGCUGUGUCUUCUUGGUGGGUUUCACGCGUACUUGGUGGUGACGAACCAGACAACCAUCGAGUUCCAUAUCAACAUGGGCAACCGACAUGCUGCAAAACGAAAGGGAGAAGUCUACAGGAAUCCGUAUGAUCUAGGCCACUCUCGGAACUUUCAGGAGGUCUUUGGACCAAACCGGUUUCUUCAUUUCCUUUGGAUGAUGCCCUAUCUGGCCAAGAGGCCGACGGGAAGCGGCGCCUCAUUUCCCACGGUCUCCGAGUUGGAGCCAGUGUGAGAGCUAGACCACUCGGUCUGAA